AUAAGAAAACAAAAACUAGCAACAUUCGUUUGAAGAGCUCUUGAAGUUCAUAAUCUUUWAAAAACAUGAAAAUUAUUGGAAACAUUGCAGUGUUGCCGUUGGCACUGCUAGGCUUUCAUAGCGUUGCUGGCCAAGCGACAUUUUCCGAUGGGAUGCAAGAAAUCUCAAGAAGAAARUUUAURACUGUUGAAUAUGACUACAAACUAGAAGCGAACACGAGUGACACCGACUUGGCACAACAGUAUAACAUCACACAACCGCAUCCAUUAGAAGACGCUUUGACCCAAAUCGACUCUACCAUCAUCAGUUCAAUCCAAUCCGCACUCCCUGAUGGCGAUAYACCUGAGGGCAAGACUCAGCCUGACAUUCARUUCGACACCGUGAAUACUCGGUUUAUCAAUAUGUGUUUUACGGAAAGCGAUGCAUGCAAGUGGGUAAAAUCAAGAAUCAAACUAUCGUACCUAGGAGACACACCUAAGAACGCUAUGGAACGCCUCACAAUAGGGUUGGUUCAAGACUUUCUACGGGAAUUCAGCGACUCAAACCCCAUACUUAAUGCGAUGUAUGUCUACCCGAUGAUUCAUUCUUCCGUUGUACAACUCCAGAUUUCCCCCGUCGAAGGGGCAAUGAACGACACUGAAAUAGCAUACUUUGAGCAAAACUUUCGCGACGUAUUCCAUGCUAUGGUUUCUGCACUUGAUGGAGACACCGACGUAUCCGAAGCAUAUUUUGUAAAGCAAGAGAUAGAGGAAAUUUCAGGAAAAGAAGAAGAUAUUACCACGGUUCCGUCAUCGAAAUUGUCGGUGGAUCUGAAAUAUUAUGGAAAAUGCAGAUAUUGCACUGAAGACGAGCUUGUGGAAACCGUUGAUGGGUCGAUUGAACAGAAYCUGGAUGCAUUCCUUAAAAUUCUUAAGAACAAUGGAAAUUCGUAUUUUCUUCAGACUGAGAACAUCACUGUUUCAAAACAAGUUCCCCCAAGUGAGCUCCCRCCUAUGGAUACCGAAAAGGUUUCGGCGACAUCCGAGCCUUCUAGAAAACUUCCUUGGGGUCUUUGGUUGGGUGUUGGUCUAACAGCMGCCGCGAUCUUUGUUGGUAUUGUUCUAAUCUUGAGAGACCAAAGGCAACUGAAAAAAGAGGAAGCAAGUACGGGUGAUGAAAGCAGUGUGUACGAAGAGAACAAUCACGAAGAGGAUGAUGUUGUUGGCGUGUAUCGUAGCGACACAAAUGAUAUCGAAAACCAGAACGAAAAUGACAACGACGACGACGACAACGAUGAAAACGAAAUGAAAAACAAGAACGAUGCCGAUGCUGCUGCUGCUGCUGCUGCUGCUGCUGAUGAUGAUGAUGAUGAUGAUGCCAGCGAUAAUGAUGACGUUGGCAGCGAAAACGAAAGUGAGAAUUCUAUCUACGACGAUAACGUCAGUGGAAAGGACAACGAGAUUGGUAAAGAACAUGAGGAUGUCAUCGUGCGGCAUAUUAGCAAUGAUAGCAAUGAUAGCAUAGACGAAAUUAAUUUUGAUGUCGGUCGUGAUGAUCUUGCAUUUGGAGGUGCGUUGUGUGGAGCUGAUUUGAAUGAUUUGGAUGAAAGAAAAUCGAUGAUAGCGAAGAAGGACUCGCAAGAUUCGAAUAAUGGCAGCACUUAUGAGGUGUACAUGUAUUGAGUCAAUUACAUGGGAAAAACGCCCACGCUUCAGAAUUGAUAUUUAUCUGAGAGGAUGAUCWAUCAAACCAAAUUAAUUUUGGAUGUAAGGAUCCAACGUAUUUCUYGCCACAGGAGSGAGAUCAAAUCAACUGUGAAAAACAAAACUCCUCAAAUUGAGCAAAACAGCACAACUUCGAAAGAAUUUCUUUCGAAAACARUUUAUGUGUAUAGUAGCAAAUAACUUUCAUUAAACCAG